ACAUCCAGAGCUGGCGGGCGGGUGCGCGGGCGGGCGGCGGCACCAUGCAGGGAAGCUGCCAGGGGCCGUGGGCAGCGCCGCUCUCUGCCGCCCACCUGGCGCUGUGAGACUGGCGCUGCCACCAUGUUCCCCAGCCCUGCGCUCACGCCCACGCCCUUCUCAGUCAAAGACAUCUUAAACCUGGAGCAGCAGCAGCGCAGCCUGGCUGCCACCGGAGAGCUCUCUGCGCGCCUGGAGGCGACCCUGGCGCCCUCCUCCUGCAUGCUGGCCGCCUUCAAGCCAGAGGCCUACGCCGGGCCCGAGGCGGCUGCGCCGGGCCUCCCAGAGCUGCGCGCAGAGCUGGGCCCCGCGCCUUCACCGGCCAAGUGUGCGUCUGCCUUUCCCGCCGCCCCCGCCUUCUAUCCGCGUGCCUACAGCGACCCCGACCCAGCCAAGGACCCUCGAGCCGAAAAGAAAGCCUGAAAUUUUAAGUCACCGUCUGUCUCCCUCACCAGGGUGUGAACUGCCCCGAGGGCAGAGACCUCUCGUUUUGUUCUCCAGCGCCUUGAGCCAGCCUGACAAAUGCUGAGUGAGACGUGUCGGUGGCUCCCAGUGCACUUGGCAGAGUGAGCCGCAGCCAGCUGGGCUCUCCAGGCAGGACACAGUGGCCUCCACGAGGAUCCCUUACCAUUAUUGUGCGGCUGCGCUCCGUAGCUCAAGCCGCUCUUACCAAGCGUCUCUCUGCCUCUCUGUUCCCCCUCAGAGCUGUGCGCGCUGCAGAAGGCGGUGGAGCUGGAGAAGACAGAGGCGGAAAACGCCGAGCGGCCCCGGGCGCGACGGCGGAGGAAGCCGCGCGUGCUCUUCUCGCAGGCGCAGGUCUAUGAGCUGGAGCGGCGCUUCAAGCAGCAGCGGUACCUGUCGGCCCCCGAACGCGACCAGCUGGCCAGCGUGCUGAAACUCACGUCCACGCAGGUCAAGAUCUGGUUCCAGAACCGGCGCUACAAGUGCAAGCGGCAGCGGCAGGACCAGACUCUGGAGUUGGUGGGGCUGCCCCCGCCGCCGCCGCCACCUGCCCGCAGGAUCGCGGUGCCAGUGCUGGUGCGCGAUGGCAAGCCAUGCCUAGGGGACUCGGCGCCCUACGCGCCUGCCUACGGCGUGGGCCUCAAUGCCUACGGCUAUAACGCCUACCCCGCCUAUCCGGGUUACGGCGGCGCCGCCUGCAGCCCUGGCUACAGCUGCACUGCGGCUUACUCCGCCGGGCCUUCCCCAGCGCAGCCGGCCACUGCCGCCGCCAACAACAACUUCGUGAACUUCGGCGUCGGGGACUUGAAUGCGGUUCAGAGCCCCGGGAUUCCGCAGAGCAACUCGGGAGUGUCCACGCUGCAUGGUAUCCGAGCCUGGUAGGGAAGGGACCCGCGUGGCGCGACCCUGACCGAUCCCACCUCAACAGCUCCCUGACUCUUCGCGGGGAGAAGGGGCUCCCAACAUGACCCUGAGUCCCCUGGAUUUUGCAUUCACUCCUGCGGAGACCUAGGAACUUUUUCUGUCCCACGCGCGUUUGUUCUUGCGCACGGGAGAGUUUGUGGCGGCGAUUAUGUAGCCUGCAGUGAGUGAUCCUGCAGCCUGGUGUCUUAGCUGUCCCCCCAGGAGUGCCCUCCAAGAGUCCAUGGACACCCCCGAUGGAACGACCAGUGAAUUGGGACUGAGCUCGGGCACGCGGGGCCUGAGAUCUGGCCGCCCAUUCCGCGAGCCAGGGCCGGGCGCCCGGGCCUUUGCUAUGUCGCCGCCGCCCGCCCACGCACCCACCCACCCGUAUUUAUGUUUUUACCUAUUGCUGUAAGAAAUGAGGAUCCCCUUUCCAUUAAAGAGAGUGCGUUGA